CAACAGCCCUCAGUCUCGCUCACUUCCCCUCCUUCUCUCUCUUUGCCUGCCAAUUCUUUCCUGCUCGGAGACAUUCUUUCCUUUCUUGUUUUGCUACUACUGAUUGUCUCGCAUUCCAGUCCAUUGCUUGGCUUUGUUUACUAUAUGCUUCUGUCAUUUGUAUGAAGCUCGGUUGCCAUACAACGGGGCCGUCGACUCAGGUGUUGUGGUGCAAUCUGAUCCUGGAUCUCGCUGAGAGCGAUCGGAAUCCAGAAGACAUUCCAGAACCCCGAUAUACGCCCCCUCGUGGCUGUCAUCACUAACCCGACGUCCUCUCGUCGCCAUGCAUGUGUCGCGCAUACUGCAGUCGGCCAUUUCCAUACUUCCUCUACUGAACCAUAUCCAACCCACCAUAGCGAUCUCGCCAGCAACGCCGACCGCCACUGCCACUGCGACAGUAAUCCCACCGACCGCAACCGCGACAACAUUGGAACCCGAAGCGCAUGAAUAUGCCAACGGUACGCUCUUAGAAAAGCGUUGCGCAAAUCCUUGCGGCUACUAUAGCCAACUUUGUUGCAGCUCCAGCGAGUCAUGUAGUACCAACAGCAAUGGCCAAGCCGAGUGCGUCAGUGGUAGCGGUGGUGGCAGCUGGCAGUACUUUACCACGACCUACGUCCGAACCGAGACGGAAACCGCUACGUUCACUUCCACAUGGAGCAGCUAUAUCUCAGCGGCCCCGUCCGGCUCCAGCUGCGAUGCCGGUGUUGGUGAGACCAUUUGCGGCGACAAUUGCUGCGGGCCUGCCUAUGUCUGCUACAACCAGCAGUGUAUCUUGGGAAGUACGUCCAUCUGGGCUACUGAAACCGAACCCGCCACGCCGGCCGUCCGCGGAACGACCUUAUCGACUGCCACCCACACGGCCUCAAUCACAACCACCCAGGGAUUCAUUGCCCCAGUCAAUACGGCCGGAUCAGCGGUGUUCGGAGUCAAGGCUUCGAGUGAUGGACUGAGUGGUGGAGCGAUCGCAGGCAUCGUUAUCGGAACAAUUGCCGGUGUGAUUUUGUUGUUGCUACUAUGCGCUUGCCUGUGCUGCCGCGGCAUUCUUGACUCUCUGUUUGCCUGUCUGGGCUGCGGUCGUAAAAAGAGAAAGGAGACGACCUACGUCGAGGAGCGGUACCACCGUCAUUCGCAUGGGGGCGCACGGCCCGGAGGACGGACCUGGUUUGGAAGCCGGCCGGCAGCUGGAGCAUCGACUGCAGGCGAGAAGAAGAAAUCCCCCUGGAGUGGUUUGGCCACAAUCGGGAUUAUCCUCGGUGCGCUUGCAAUCUGCCUGGGACUGAAGAGGAGGCAAGACCAUCGCGAUGACGAUGAGAAGACCGACUACACAUACCCAAGCAGUUAUUAUUACUACUCCGAUUAUUAUACCAACGAUGGCAGCGAGGUCACUGACGAUCGACGGACACGAGAGACAAGACGGUCCAGACGAUCUCGAACGCGCUCGCGAAGAUCAUGAUUUGAUGGCACGAAUUCGACGAUUUUGAAAACGAUUUACUGAACCCAACGAACUCCCAAUCUCUUCCUUGCUUUUACUCCCGAGGCUCUCUGCAUGAAUCGGCGCUAUUUUCGGCUCACGGCGAGUGUAUUAUGACGUUUUCUUUGGUCUUUUCCCCCUUGAAGGACUUUCCAUGUAUGAUGAUGCGUUAUGCUGUCAUGUUAUUAUGCCACCCCCUUUGAUGUGUGAUGUUUCGUCAGAUCGCGCUGUUUAAUUCACUAGUCACUUCAUGCCCUAAUAGGAGGCAGAUGUAAAUAUGAGAUAUGAAAGAAUUUGAUCUAGUGU